UACAUAUAUUUACAAAACAUCCUUAGUUAAAUUUCUUCAAUGGAUCUAAGUCGUUCGGGAAAAGAAAGCGGUGAUAUCGCGAUCCCCGUAAGGGAGGUCAAGUCAUCCAGGUCAGGGAAGGGUACAACUGCUCCACCAGUGCCAACCACCAUACGACUUGGCCAAGGGCCGUCGCCUGCUGCUGGAUGGGGGAGAGGUAUUGGAAUUAUUGAUCUAAUUCUAAGGAUAUGUGCAAUUACUGCUACUCUUGCUGCGGCUGCGGUCAUGGGUACCACCGACCAAAGCCUCCCGUUUUUCACUCAGUUUUUCCAGUUCCAAGCCAGCUAUGAUGAUUUCCCUACAUUCACGUUUUUCUUAGCAGGAAACGCAAUAACAUGCGCGUAUCUCGUGUUGUCUUUGCCUUUCUCGAUAGUUUCCAUUGUUCGUCCGCAUGUUAUAGGAGCUAGGAUGUUGCUCCUUAUUUUUGACACGAUAGCGUUGGCGUUGACCAUGUCAGUUGCAUCUGCGGCUGCCGCCAUCGUUUACUUAGCACACAAUGGAAACCCCGGCACCAACUGGCCGGCGCUUUGCCAACAGUUUAAUGAAUUCUGCCCACGUGUCAGCGGUGCGGUGGUGGGAUCCUUCCUAGCAGUGUUGAUUUUGGUGGUUUUGGUGAUACUAUCUGCCGCUGCUCUCCGAAGGAUCUAACGCGAAGUUGUGUGAUCAUUUUAAUUCACAACUAAAUUGUGUUCUUUUGUGUUUUGUUAUUUUGUUUGAGAGUUGUAGUUGGUUGGGUGUUUGUUUGGAGUGGGUAAUUAUGUCAAUUCACAUGGAUUUAACCGUAAUUUAUUUUGUUUAUUCCGUUUACGAUGAAAAGUACACCUGAUUUUAUAUCUUG